AUGGCUCCUGAGCUGAGAAAACGCAAGGCGCCGGCUCCUGCUCCAGUGGCAGAGCCAAAGGCGAAGAGAGGAUCCAAGGCCGGCGCCAAAGCUGAGCCCAAGAAGGCCGCGCCCAAGGAGAAGAAGGCCGCCGCCGCCGCUCCUCCUGCUGAGCCUGAGAAGGCCGACAAGACGGAGGAAAAGAAGGAAGAGAAGAAGGAAGAGGAAAUCGAGGAAAAGAAAGAGGACAAAGGUGAAGAAGCUGAGGAGAAAGCUGCCGGCCGCGUCCCUGAAGAAGGCGACGUCCUCGACCUCAGCCAGUUCGAGGCCGAGAUCGAGCUCAACGACGGCACAAAGACAUCCUUCAGAAAGCUGUUGGAGGAGAGCAAAGAGGGGGUUGUCGUGUUUACCUAUCCCAAGGCCUCGACUCCUGGCUGCACCAGACAGGCAUGCGCCUUUAGAGACGACUACACCAACCUGACCUCGACUGGACUCUCGAUCUUCGGACUCUCUGGCGACUCUCCCAAGGCCAACACGACGUUCCAGACCAAGCAGAAGCUGCCUUACCCGCUUCUGUGUGAUCCAUCCUUCACGCUCAUCGGCGCUUUUGGCCUGAAGAAGUCCCCCAAAGGCACCGUUCGCGGUGUCUUUGCCGUCAACAAGGAAGGAAAAGUGCUUCUGCGCACUCCGGGAGGACCAGAAAAGACGCUCAACCUGGUCCAGGACUUGGUCAAGGGGAAGUAA